AUGUCAAUUUACAUUGUGCGACUGCAGUCACCGCCGUUACCGAAGAAGAUCGCAAUGCGUCGUCGACCAGAACAAAGCCCCAGCCAGCUUCAUAAGGCUUCUGUCUCCUAGCUCCACUUUUCAACCGGAGUUGCUUCUUCCGCGCCAUUUUCUCCAAUGGAUACGCACUCCGCUUACCUCACUGGUACGAAUCGUUCCCGUAGUUCUCAAACCCCUUCCCCCUCCCACUCCGCCUCCGCCUCCGCCACCUCCUCCAUCCACAAGCGCAAAUUGGCCUCCGAGGACCACGUCCCUCCUUUCCCUCCAUCCUUUUCUCCUUCCUUUCCCUCCGCCUCCGCCACCUCCCGUAGUUCUCAAAGCAUAUCUGCUCGCGGCGGUGGCGCUGACUCCGACUCGGACGACGAUUCCGAUGAUGCUGUCGUCGAGGACGACGAGGAUGACUUUGACAAUGAUUCCUCCAUGCGCAACUUCACUGCUGCUAGACUUGAGAACAGCGGUGCUGGCGGUUCUGCUUCGGCUUCUGCUGCGCGUACAACCAAGAUCAAGUCGAAUGCAACGGUGAAGAUCGAGAAUUCGAAUAUCAGCAAGGAUGGAGUCACGGCUGGUGGAACCAAUGCUGCGGGUCCAACAGUGGGGACAACAGGAAAUUCUGUGUCCGGGAUUGUAGUGAAGGAAGACACUUCGAAAAUUUUCGCCGACAGUAUACAGACUAGUGGUGCCUAUAUUUCCAGAGAAGAGAGCUUGAAGAGAGAGGAGGAAGCAUUGUUACUCAAAUUUGUAUGCCUUUCAAAUGACGGUGUUGAUGAGCAUAUGGUUUGGUUAAUUGGACUGAAGAAUAUUUUCGCCCGACAACUACCUAACAUGCCCAAGGAAUACAUUGUUCGUCUUGUUAUGGACAGAAACCACAAGUCGGUGAUGGUUAUAAGACGAAAUAAUGUUGUUGGUGGCAUCACGUAUCGCCCAUAUGUCAGUCAAAAAUUUGGCGAGAUAGCCUUUUGUGCAAUUACAGCUGAUGAGCAAGUAAAAGGAUACGGUACCAGAUUGAUGAAUCACUUAAAGCAGCAUGCACGUGAUGUUGAUGGCCUAACCCAUUUCCUCACAUAUGCGGACAAUAAUGCCGUUGGCUACUUUACCAAGCAGGGGUUCACGAAAGAAAUCCACCUGGAGAAGGACCGGUGGCAGGGGUACAUUAAAGACUAUGAUGGAGGAAUUCUUAUGGAAUGCAAAAUCGAUCCAAAACUUCCAUACACUGAUUUGUCUACAAUGAUUCGCCGUCAGAGGCAGGCAAUUGAUGAGAAGAUAAGAGAGCUUUCGAACUGCCACAUUGUUUAUCCUGGACUUGAUUUACAAAAGAAGGAGCCAGGAGCUCCCAAAAGAUCCGUCAAAGUUGAGGAAAUCCCGGGUUUGAAGGAGGCUGGAUGGACGCCUGAUCAAUGGGGCUUCUCACGUUACAGAGCCUUAAACUCUGCUGACGGGAUCUCAAAUCAAAAGCAUUUGACUGCGUUCAUGCGCUCACUUCUCAAGUCAAUGCAUGACCAUGUUGACGCUUGGCCAUUCAAGGAACCGGUGGAUUCUCGUGACGUACCUGAUUAUUAUGAAAUCAUUAAGGAUCCAGUGGAUCUAAAAACGAUGGCUAAAAGGGUGGAGUCAGAACAAUAUUACGUUACUUUCGAGAUGUUUGUCGCAGAUGUGAGAAGAAUGUUUGGUAAUGCGCGCACAUACAAUGCUCCCGAGACUAUUUACUAUAAAUGUGCAACAAGGCUAGAAGCACAUUUUCAAAGCAGGCUUCAAUCAGGUCUACAAUCUGCCAACAAAGUUCAACCAUGACGGUUGCAAUGAAGAUGCAGCUUAUUAGUUGUACAGAUCCUUUUUCAUUACAAUCAAUUAUUCUAGCAUCUUAUUCUUCUAACCCUGAUUCUUAAUUGUUCAGGGUUAGGAUUGUGUAGAUCAAGUGAUUAUAUCAUAUCAUAUCUUCUUGGAUAGAGUUUAUUUAUGAGAUAGAGCGUGGCUUAGAUUCUGGGAUGUG